GAGCAGUUCUCGUGAGCUAUUCCAUGUCGACAGAGGUUUUAAUGAGUGUUCGUUCUGCCAAUGCAGAGACAGAAAGUGACAAGAGCUAAUGUCCGCUGGCCAUGAAAAAUUGAGCGGAGCUUGAGAUUCCACACACGGAACACUGGACCUUCUUGAAUCCAUCUGAAUUUCGGAUUGCCAAACAGCAUUGAGCGGACUCAACGCGUUAGUUUGAGUGUCAAACCACAACGUGGUGGAGAUCGGGCUCAAGGGUAUCACGUUAACCGUUCUCCACGACCUGAUUGAAACCAUGAGUGUCGAGUUUUACAAGCACCGCGGAGGCACCGCGCCCCCUGCAACAACAAUCACGACAACAGCAACUUCUACAACAACAACAACAACAACAAGGAGAAGGAGGAGGAGCGCGAGUGUCGUUGCCCCUGUCCCCUCAAAUCUAGCGAGAAUGAGCUCGUUUUGUUUCCGAAUUAUCCUCGUUUUUUGAGCAUUUGUGGAGGAAAGGCACACCACGGACGACGGACGACCCCUUCUCCGUCCCUGUCUCUUUCUGCUGCCUGUGUGCCCCUCAUUCUCCUAGUCUAGUACGUGGAUGGAGUUUGUGGAGACUCGGACCUGAUCUGUCUUGCAGUGACACUUUCCACGCUGAUUUGAAGUCUCAUACUUUUGUCCAAGUCCUCGCCCGAUCGAGAAACAAACUAACACCAAGUCCAUCUGAGGCUGCCGUGGCGACUCUCCAAUACUCUAUGGACACCGUGUAUUUCCAAGUUGAACUGGCCAUUUCGGCGAUGAGAAAGACAGACUGAGUGACAAGUGAUUAGACUUUGGUGCUCCAAACACGACAAACACAUACACACACACAUAGCUUUAGUGACUUUCUCUAUAAGCUAACUCAUGUUUAUGAUCAAUACAACGCAUCCUUCGGGAUUUCACCGACAGAUAUUGUGACCACUUUGCAACGGAUCACAUCUUCAUGUGCCUCUAUCUGAUUAUGAAAAAUGCUGUGCCGCUCCUGGCAGCGGUAUCGGUAUCGACGGGUUGCAUAUCAUACGGCAUCUGUAUGGCCUACACCUCUUCAGCCAUUCCAUCCAUGUUGGCUCCAAACAAUUCGCUCACAAUUGAAAUCGGAACCCAAGAAACAACCUGGAUGAGUAGCCUUCUCGCAUUGGGUGCGCUCUUUGGCUCAUUAAGCGCAGUCUAUCUAAUGGAUGCUAUCGGUCGAAAAGCAUCGCUUCUGGCCUUUUCCGUGAUGAGCCUCUUCAUCGGAUGGACUUUGUUAAUGGCAUCCAGUCAAACGUGGCAGCUGUAUGCCGGGAGGUUCCUGUUAGGCUUAGGUGCUGGUCUGGAGAUCACCAUCUCGCCAGUGUACAUCCAUGAGAUAUGUCGUCCAGUCCUAAGGGAUAUCUGUGGCAGCUUCCCUCAGGUGUUCAUCUCCUUGGGGAUUCUUCUGUGUUAUAUCAUGGGCAGAAGCCUCGAGUGGAAUUGGUUGGCCUUAGCCAGUUGUGUCUUCCUGUGCCCGUUCACAUUUGGCCUGUAUUUCAUUCCGGAGAGCCCACCUUGGCUAGUAUACAACGACGAGGAGGACUUGGCCUUCAAGUCCAUGGUGUUGAUUCGCGGCGAGGAAUACGACGCCACGGUGGAGAUCAGAAAAAUCAAGGAGAAGCUGGCAUUCCAUCGCAAUGACCUUCACGCCAUUCUUCAUGAGACCGACGCGGACAACCUCGACCAUGAGGGUGGCAAACCCAAGUUCCAAUGUUGGGAGCUGCUUCAUAGCUCCGUCUUUUAUCCGUUCAUUGUGAUACUAGUGUUAAUGUUCCUUCUUCAAUUCUCCGGCCAAGGCGCAAUCACCUUCUACACCGCCAUGAUCUUCAAGGAGGCCGAAUGUGUGCUAAGCCCCAAGGAUUGCGCUUUCAUUAUCGGGAUAACCUAUUUCCUCUCCUCCAUAUUGGGGCUCGUUCUGAAGAAGCACUGCGGAAGACGGCGUCUCCUUCUGAUUUCCGAAUUCGGCAUGGCUGUGGCCCAAUUGUCCAUGGGCCUAUACUUCUACCUUCUCAAGGCUGAUGAGACAGUCCUAGACCCGAACGUAAGUAGUACCUUGGACGAGGUGGACGAGCAAGGUGAGGAUGCCACCGUUCUCUUGGAAGAUCCAUCCCACCCUCAGGCUUUGAGUGGAAAAACGAAUUGGGCCGCCCUCACCAAAUUGGAGUACGUGCGAUUGCUGCCCAUUCCAAUUCUCGUCCUCUUUACUCUCGCUUACAACAUCGGGAUGGGCAGCCUCACUUGGGUGGUGGCCACGGAAAUUCUCCCGUUACGCUCCAGACGCUGGACCCAAACCAUAUCCAAUGUGACUUCCAACUUUUGGUGGUUCGUCGUCACCAAGACAUUCCAUGACAUGUACUAUAAUGUGGCCCCAUUCGUGCCUUUCUUCCUCUACGGCUCGGUGUGUGUGUUUGGCUUCAUUUUCAUUUUCAUUUUCCUGCCCGAGACCCAUGGGAAAACGGCGGAGGAGACCGCCAAAGCAUUCCAUGGCCUUCGGCCCAUGCUCAAGCGACUCAAGUGUCCAAAUUUGUGCCCAUGUUUACCUUUGCGGAAGCUCAAGGCACAAGGCAACGCCACAACUGCAUCCACAACGACGACGCCUCAUAAUCAGCCUCCGCAGACGCAACAACAAAUUGAACUGACCAACAGCAUCAGCUAGGGAUGCAAGCCUCCCAAAACUUUGGGAGGGAAAGAGUGCUCAAGCUUGGGAUGCGAAUCUCGGUCGGGGGAAACCACUCUAAUCUGAUUAGAGCCAACUGAAAAGGCCUUGAAAUAUGAUGGCCCCGAAGUAGAGUCAUCCCGCUUUAUCGCAGACCACCAGCUAGCCAAACGCAGGCACACUCACACCCACACCGACACACACGGGCGUUUGUGACAAGAAAUUGCUCUGCAAUUUCUGUCUGACAGUGCGUGUUUCACCCAUUGCGCCAAUCCAGGCCUAGAUUUCCGCAAACCUAUUUUUUGCUCAAGACCUUCUCCUACACAAAAUGAUUUCUCUCCUCUGGUUAUUUUUUUUCUUCCUUUUGAUGUAGAUCUUUGAUAAAGUAUAUACAUUGGCAACCA